AUGUCUACAAGAUCCAGCAACGGUCUUGGGAGGCAGCAGCCAUCAUCCCAACAGCAGCAGCAGCCACAGCAGCAGCAGCCACAGCAGCAGCAGCAGCAGCAACAGCAACAGCAACAGCAGCAACAACAGCAACAACAAUUUACUCAGCCUCGUUCGCCUCCGAGGGAAACCCACGGGCUCCCUGCUGUCCCCGGGCGACUGACCAGGAAACGGGCACAGUCCAUCAACAUUGAGGAGGCAAACCACCCCAGGCUUGACGGGCUGUCCAUCCACUCCCCAGCGCUGGUGGGCACACCUCCGCCUUCAGCUACCGCGACGGAUCUCAUAUGCAUCUGCCCAGCGCCACCAAAAGUUCCAAGACCUCGCAACGCCUUCAUCCUUUACCGCCAACAUCACCAAGCCGGUGUGGUCCUCAAAUAUCCCGGCCUAGCGAACCCGGAGAUCUCAAAGAUCAUUGGUGAGCUGUGGCGCGAGGAGACUGAGGAGGUCAAGAACUACUGGAAACGUCUUGCGGAGGAAGAAAAAGCCCGGCACCAGCGCCAGUAUCCACAAUACAAAUACCAACCUCGCCGCGGCGGAAAAGGGGGUCCAUCGGCCAGACCUGCUUCUGCGUUGGGGGAGGAUCCAGGACGGUGUCCAAAGUGCCAGGGACGGUAUAUCGCCACGCCUAGGACGCCUUCGACACCAUUCAUGACGGGUAGCCACCACGGGCACCCGUUGGGCUCGUCUGCAAUGCAGCCGUUCAUUGCCAAUAACCCGCGGGUGAUUGAGCAAGUGCAACAGCACCACAGGCCCUUGAUGGACAUGGGCCCUCAGCAUGGAGGAGACCCUCGCCGCGUGGCGUACUACCCACAGCAUCAAGAGCAGCUUCGGACAAUCGAGGAGACCUAUGACGGCUUGCCUCCUCAUAUGUCAAAGAGACGGACGCAACACGACGACUACGAGGUGAUGUCGCCGGCCGAGGCAAAGCGACGACGCGUUGGCGACCGAGGUCGUUCACCUGAUCACUCAGUGCCCGUUUCGCAGCAUCCACAACACAUGCAGCAAUCUAUGUCAUCUCCGGUCAACUAUGCUGCCCACGGCUCAAGUACCCGGCGAACCUCCUCCGUCGGCAGCAGUGCCUACACUGGGACGCCCGGAAGCAGCACAUUUGGCCCAGGCCCGAUGGCUCCCCUUCCUCGUCCACGCAUGCCCACAGGCCCGAGCGGCUUGCAGCAAGACACGACAAUGAUGGCUCCGCCUCCUCGCCCAAAUCGACAAUUCAGUACCGGUGCUCCACCGCCAUCAGCUGGCCACACGUCGCGCAACAACUCCACAUACGACGAGUCUCUAACACUGGCGCCUCUGCAAAUCCCUACGUCUCCCACACAAGCCUCCGAUGCAAGCGGCGCCCAAACACUCUCAGGUAGUGGAGCGACAGGCCUGGGAAUCAUGAACCAACAGGGGUUGUCAAGGGACAGCCAGGCGAGAGGCAUCGAGGCCAUGGUCAUGAGCAUCCCAUACAUGAACAAGCUUGAUGUCUUGCGCAAGAUCAGCCCCCCUCUCGGACCACCUGCACCGGGAAGUCCCUCCGCCGAGACGAGGGGACCGGUGAUAGCUAUUGAGGGGGCAAGUGCGGCACUGAUGCGCGAGGUCAUGCCCGUGAUAGAGAAAGCAUUGAGGCAGUCGGGGGAGUGCGAGACCAAAAUCUGGACUGACUCGUCCUCAGCGAAACAAAAUGACUUUUCUGGUGCUCGUAGCCCUGGAAAGAAGGGCAAGGACGACGGGGAGGAUGCACAGAUGAGUGGUACGCGCGACAAGGACAAGGACAACAACGAAAGCCGAAGCGGCAGUGCGAGCAGCGCCACCACUAAGAAAGAUGCCAGUGGCACUGUCAAUACGAGCUCCCACGCGACGGGGACCUUCAACUACCUGCAGACCAUCAUGGAGUGGCAUUCCAAGUCAGCCGAGAUCAUUAAGCACAUUACGACCAAGCAGAUUGCCCCUGCUUCGUCUUCAAAACCCCUCCUCCCAGUCGCACUCAUACCUGAUGGCUUCAGCCUUACACUGUCGGACAAGUUCGCAUCCACCGUCGCCAUCACGGACCCCUACUCGCCCGUGGAUCACUGGCAGUGGAUGGCAACGCUGUGGCGAGGGAUUGUGGGGCCAGACCUGGUGGUGUACAUCCGAGCCUCGACGUCAGAUGAACUGGCUAGGAGCGGUUCCAGUGCGGUUGAGUACCGAGCCCCUGGCAUCAUGAUUGUGAGGGUCGACGCCGAGAAGGGGACGGUAGACGAGAAGACAGAGAGGAGGCUGGCCUUUGAGCUGAUGGAGUGGGUCAGAGCGGGGAGUUUUAGAGACGGCUACUCCUUUGGAGACGAGUGA